AUGUUUUUAUUUAAAAAAAUUUAUUUAUAUAAAAUAUUUUUAAUAUUUUAUUUUACUAUACAAACAAAAUGUCAAUUAAAUAAUAAGAAUGAAGCUUUUAGUAAUGAAAAAGUAAAUAAAAAUAUAAAACCAUCAGAGAUUGGUAUAUUAAUGAUCAAUGAAAAAGAUGAUCAGUAUGAUAAUUAUAAGUUAGCAAUUGAAAGUGUUCAUUGUUAUUGUUUACAUUAUGGAUAUAUAUUUAAAAUAAUUAACUUUAAUACAUCACCUAAAUUACCAGUUUUUUGUCCACAAGAAGAUUUUUUUUUUGCUAGACAUUGUGCUGUUUCACUUUUUCUUGAAGAAUUUAAAAAUACAAUUAAAUAUGUAAUAGUUGUUGAUUCAGAUAUUGGUAUUAUUAAUCCUAAUCAUCGAUUAGAAAAUUUUAUUUCAAAAGAAAGUAUCAUAUUUAUGAGAAGAUUAAUGACACAUGAAAUUGCAGCAUCACCAUAUAUUGUUAAAAAUAAUGAAUAUAGUAGAAAAUUUUUAAAAGAGUGGGCACAAUUUUUUUAUAAGCUUCCACCAGUUUUUCAUGGUUCUGAUAAUGGUGCAUUGAUGACGUUAUUUAUGAUGAAAUUUUAUAAUAAACAUUAUGAUGAAAGAUAUAAAAUGUGUUUAAAUUAUUAUACAACUAUUAAGAAUUGGAAUGACUAUAGAAUAUUUUGUGUAUGUGUUAAUACUAUUCUUAAAAGUAUUUCAAAAUUAAAUUAUAAUAAUGAGUCAUAUAUUUUUGAUAAUGGUAAUGUUAAAGUAUUAACAAAAAAAGAAAAUUUAAUUGGUAUGGUAAGAGAUAUCUGGAUAGGUAAAUCAAAAUGGUCACCAAUUGAUUUUAUGAUUCAUGGUUUAAAAAAAAAAACUCAAAGUAAUAUUAGAGCUACUUUUGGUUAUUGGGAAAAUCCACUUUAUAAUGAGGGGUUUCAAUUAAAUAAAUGUUAUUAUCAAAAUUUUACAUCUUUAUGGGAAUAUAAACCUAAAUAUAUUACAAGUAAUGAUAAAAUAAUCUCAUACUUAGAAAAAGAAUUUUUAUCAACAACAAAACAACAUAUUGAAUUAGAAAAACAAUUAAAUAAAAAUAUUAAAAAUAAUACUUUGAGAGGGAAAACAUUAUUUUUUUUAAGAUCAGCCUUUCAAAUUAAUAAUUCACCAUUUAUAACAAUACUUUUUUUAAGUCAUAAAAAUGAUAUUCGUUUAAAAUCAUUUUCAAAUAUAUUUCAAUUUCAUGAAUUUAAUAAUGAAAUUGAAAAUUCACCAAAUAUUGGUAGUUUUAUAGCUGAAGUAUCAGAACCAACUUUUUUAAAACAUUUUUCGGAUGUUGAAAAGAUUGUUAUAAAUAAUAAACCUAUUGUAAGACAAACAUCAAUAGCAAUUUGUAGUCCAAUUUUACAAAAUUAUAAUCUACCUGGAAAGCUUCUUCAUUUUUUUAAGUAUUGGAUUUCAAUUGAUAAAAAUGUCAAAUUUUUUAUAUAUUAUCAUUCAUUUUCAAAAAAAGUUUUAAAUAUUAUAAACAAAAUAGGUGAAAAAUAUAAAAAUAUUGAAAUUGUCAAUUGGGGUGAUUUACCUUAUAAUGAAAAAGAAGAUUAUAUAAAUCCAAAUUUUGAAUUAAAUUUUAGAGGACAAGAAUUAGCUAGAGCUGAUUGUGUUUUAAGAAAUAAAAAUAAAGUUAAAUAUGUUAUUUUUCCAAAUUUAAAUGAAGAAUUUUUUCAAAUUAAUAAUUUUAUCUUUUUAAAUUACCUUUCUAACAAAUAUCAAAAAGCAUCAGUUUUUAAGUUUUCUCUUCAAAAUCAAAUUAUACCUAAAAAUUCUGCCAAUAUAUUAAAUACAAAAACUGAUUUUAUUAAAGAUAAAUAUUCUAAAUUAACAGUCUUUCUUCCGGAAAGAAUUAAUUUACCUUUUACUCAAAAAUUAAGAACAUUCCAUGUAGAUCCUAAUCAUAUCUUUUCACAUAUUGUUGAUUACAAUAAUAUAACAUUUGUUUUAUCAGAAGGAAAUAUUUUAUUUGAUUAUUCAGUUCCAUUAACUCACUGGGAUAGAACACCUAUGAUUAUAUCAAAAAACAAAUGGAAACAAUUUUAA